AUGGAUAGUGAAGUGAAAUAUAUGUUACAGAGAAGAGGCCAGCAGUUAGCUAUUGCUGGUAUUUGUUGUGAUGUUCAAGUUUUCUGCAUUUUAAGUGAUUAUAAAAAAAGCAUAAACGAAAGAAUUAAAGAAGUACAUGCUCAUCUUCUUGAAAUGGACAUUUACCAUGAAAUUCCGAACUACAUCAAAAUUGAUGUCAUCCCUCUAUAUGUUUUAGAGAAUGAUUCAACCCCAUUUGGCUUCCAAAUCUUGGGAGCAUUAAUGGGAUAUGUUGUAGUCAGCGACAGUGUAAUAACAGAAAUAAAUGCGGUGGGAUAUCAUAACAACGCGAUGAAUGGUUUAAAUAUCGAAUCAUUCAAAACCUUAAAGUGGUUUUGUGGAUUGUGCCGCCAACCAAAAGUUGGGAUUCCAACCUUCUCUGGCGAUAUUGCAAGUUAUGAAAAAUUCAAAUCAGUCUUUAAUUCAAUUAUGUUUCACCAGAAGUUCUGAUUCAUUGAAGGCUAA